AUGGUUGCGGCCAGAGAGAACUACUUUCUCGUCAAUUUGCUACACAUUAAAGCAAUCGUGAAGAAAGACAUGGUGAUGGUGUUUGACACAUCCAAUCAAGAUGCUGCGAAGAAGCUGGGGUUGUUCAUGUAUGACUUGGAGUCUAAACUGACCACCAAGAUCAUCCAUGGAGCAAGUUCUGCUGGUCAACCAUACGAGUUCCGCGCUUUGGAGAGUAUAUUGAUCAACGUAAUGUCAUCGUUGGAGACAGAUCUCCAGGUCCAUCUUUCGCGUUGUGGAGCGAUAUUGUCUGCGCUAGAAGAUCAGAUUGACAGAGAAAAGCUAAGGGAUUUGCUGGUAUAUUCCAAGAGUCUUUCCAACUUCAACCAGAGAUCACAGCUGAUCCGCGACGUUUUGGACGAGCUUCUGGAUAACGAUGAUGAUCUCGAAAUGAUGUACUUGACCUCUCAGAUCAACCCCAAGGCCAAGAGCAGCGAGUCGGAGGUUACCGUCACGGGCGAAAGCAAGUCCGUAACAGAAAACCGUGAAUUGGACACUGCUGACUUGGAGAUGCUUCUAGAAGCUUACUACAAGCAGGGAGAUGAAUGCGUGCAAAAGGCAGAAACGCUGAUUAACGAUAUUAAGUCCACGGAGGAGAUCGUCAACAUCAUCCUGGACGCCAACAGAAACUCGCUGAUGGUGUAUGAGCUAAAGAUAACCAUAUAUACUCUGGGUUUCACUGUUGCAACUGCAUUGCCAGCAUUCUACGGAAUGAAUCUCAAGAAUUACAUAGAGGAAUCAAACUAUGGGUUUGGAGGGGUUGUUGCCUGCUCGAUUUUGUGUGCUGCUGCCAUUACAGUGUUGAACUUCAGCAGAUUGAGGUCAGUACAAAAACUGACAAUGAUGGUUCCCGGAACACCCCACAAACAGUUCAAGGCAGAACGCGAUUUGAUGACUAAAAAGGCCCCGGGCCAAACCCUGCCACAACCCAGGGAUCACCACCGCUGGCGGUUUAGCUUGUGGAAGAGACUCAGUAGACACAGUCUUGGAUACAUGAGACGGAUGUGGUAUAUGAAAAGGCGAAAUGGCUACGCCGACCCCAAACAGAGAGACAUGAUAUGGAGGUGGCUGGUCAAGGAGCCCAAUGACAAAUAG